GUGACGAUAUUUGUAGGUCAAGCUGGAACCCAGAUGGCAAAUGCAUGCUGGGAACUUUUUUGCUUGGAACAUGGAAUCAAGCCGGAUGGAUAUCUUUACGACGGUUUCAAAGUAGUCGAUAAGACGUUUCAGAAAUUCUUCGCACCAUCUCAAGCUAGCAAAAUGGUACCUCGCACAGUGAUUGUAGAUCUUGAGCCAACAGUGAUCGACGAGAUCCGAACCGGUGCCUACAGAGAUCUAUUCGAUCCAUCGUCAUUGAUAUCUGGCAAGGAAGACGCAGCUAAUUGUUACGCUAGAGGCUAUUAUUCGGUGGGAUCUGAGGCAAUAGAUCUCGUCCUAGAUCGCGUUCGAAAAGUAUCCGAAGGAUGUCCGAAAUUGUCCGGAUUCAUCGUUUUCAGAUCUUUCGGCGGCGGUACCGGAAGCGGAUUCACCACUCUUCUGCUCGAAAGCCUGUCCGCCGAUUACAGCAAAAAGUCAAAAUUGGACCUUGCGAUUUACCCGGCACCCAAUAUCUCCACAGCAGUUGUCGAGCCGUAUAAUUCGGUACUGACUACGCACGGCACCCUCGAUUUUGAAGACUGUUGCUUCAUCGCGGACAACGAAGCUCUGUACGAAAUAUGCGACAGGAACCUCAACGUGUCACGGCCGACUUAUACAAAUCUGAACCGGCUGUUGGCCCAAGUGGUUUCGAGCAUUACUGCAUCCUUGAGAUUCGAUGGGGCAAUAAACGUCAGCCUUGAAGAAUUCCAGACGAACCUGGUUCCCUAUCCUCGAAUUCACUUUCCGUUGGUCACCUACUCACCUAUCACUAGUUGCUGCAAAGCCAUCUUCGAGGAGUCGAGUGUCGCGCAGAUAACGAACGAAUGUUUCGAGCCAGCGAAUCAGCUGGUCAAGUGCGAUCCUCGUAAGGGGGCCUACUUGAGCUGCUGUUUGCUUUACAGAGGGGACGUCAGCCCGACGGACGUAAACCGGGCGAUAUCAUCUCUGAAAGAGCACAAGUCAAUAAAGUUCGUCGAUUGGUGCCCAACAGGAUUCAAGCUGGGCAUCAAUUAUCAGCCGCCGUUAACGGUUCCGAGUGGCGAUUUGGCGAAAACGUCUCGUUCCGUCGUCAUGCUGAGCAACAACACGGCCAUAAGACACGCCUGGGCCCGAAUCGGCAACAAGUACGAUCUGAUGUUCCAGAAGAGGGCUUUCGUUCAUCACUACAUCGGCGAGGGGAUGGAGGAGGAGGAGUUCCAGGAUGCUCGUGACGACAUAGCUGCACUGAUUGAAGAUUAUAGAGAAAUAAACAUGUGAUUGAUUGCUUGUUGUAGGACAUUUUCCUACGA